UUAAACUUAAAAUGAGGUUUUCCCUCAUUGAAGUGUGUGAAUGGUUGGGGGUGUUCAUGGGGGCAAAUAAGUAGCAUGGAGUCACAUUAUUCUCUUAUUUUACUACAAUAAAGAGAAGAAAAUGUAUAAAAUAUGUUAUUUAAUCAUAUAUUUCACUUUGUUUAAUGUUAAAUAACACUAAGCAGCUUUUAAUCUCUUAUUUUACUAAUAAAAAGAGAAGAAAAAUGUAGGAAUAUGUUAUUUAAUCAUAUAUUUUACUUUGUUUGAUUGUUCAUCUCUCUGUUAAAUAACACUAAGCAGCUUUUAAUCUCUUAAAAUGGGGGUUAAACUCUCAUCAAUGUGUUUUUGGUAAAACAUUUGAGACACGAUGAUGUCUAACUAAGUGAAGUCGUGUCUGUCUGUGUGGAUGAGUAAAGUCUCUCAGCCUGCAGGGUGUCUCUCUCAGUGACUCAUAACUGGUAGAAUUACUCACUUUAUUAACAUCUGAAAUGGAGGAAAACUCGUCCCACCCUUUAAAGUUUGCAUUUGUUUGUGAGUCUUGUUUUCUGGUGUUUAUUUAGGAGUAAAGUCAGUGAAUGGAGGAAAACUACUAGCCAAUGUUUGCCAUAGGCUGGAUGGUGCUGUUACAUAAACUGGAUGUUUGUUACAUGGUCGAUGUUGGGUCGCGGUGUGAAACGGAAGUGGAGCUGCCUGGAGGAGCUGGAGGCCGAGACCCUCCCUGAUGCUGCUGCUGCAGCAGAGAAGGAGAAGAAUGGGGAGGACGGCGAGGGCGGGUUCCUCGUGGCUCCGUCCAAACCCGACAUGAGCCACCUGCAGCAGCGCCAGCUGGUGCUCGGCCUCUGCAUGGAGAAGCUGCGGGGCUACCAGGCCGGGAUGGAGCUCAGCCUGCGUCGCUCCGUGCUGCUCAUCAACACGCUCAGGCAGAUCCAGGAGGACAUGCAGAGCGACGGCGUUGGAGCCUGCACACCGGAGGUACUCCUCGACGGCGCUCACCCCGACUCCUGCCAUCUCAGGGAUGACUUCAGGAGGGAGGACAUGCCGGUCACGUGCCCCGGGUGUGCAGAGGGCGAUGAGGACAACCUGUCUCCGCCACUGUCCCCAGAAUUCCCCUCUCAGGAGGCAAACAGCUCGCCCGACCAGCAGAAAUCACUACCUGCUGCGACGAUCAAUACUUUUAGUGAUGCAGUAAACGCCAUGGGCUACCUCAGCGACCUCGCCCUGGACGACAUCUUUGACGACAUUGACACAUCGAUGUACGACACUUCGGAUCUGCCCUCUGCCUGGGCGGCGGGCUCCCUGUGGCCCGUCAGUGUGUCGCUUUGGGCGGAGGAGGAUGUGAAAAUGCGUUCGGCCAGCCACGCGUCAGCUGGGAGUCUCCAGUCGUGUCUGAUGGACCUGAACGAGCUGGACCACAUCAUGGAGAUCCUGGUAAAGUCCUGAUCGCCGGGACGAACUCCUGAUCGCCGGGACGAACUCCUGAUCGCCAGAACGAACUCCUGAACGUUUACUGCACACAAUCGAGGAGUCUGAUCACGUCUGAGGAGGCGGGGAACAAGGACGUUGACGGGACAAACUCAGAUUUUUAAGGCUCCAUCUGAUAUUUUAAGUGUCAGCUAGUUUUCUCGUCCACAUAACUAUUUUUUGCAUUUAAUGUGCAUGAACUUGUGCCUCAAAUGAAACACAAAAUAUUUAUUACAAUAGAUGAAGAAUGAGAUUAGUAACCAUUGAGGAAACGUCCACUCUUAAACGCUUUUAUAGUGUUUUUAGUUGUUAUAACUCAGGUGGAUAACUGGCCAAACACACUUUAAGUGAUGUUAAGGCACGUACAGAUAUUUCUAGAAGUCUCAGUGGAAUUAAAAGGAGGAAAACUUUAUUAUUGACCUUCAAGAAAUGCGUUUUUGAACCCACAGAGAGACCAUUUUCUGCAGCCACUGUAACAGGAAACGGAUCCGAUCUGCAGCUUCAAGACAGGUUGUGUUUUGAGUAUACGGAGUUACUUCCAAAAGUGUUGUCGUCAUAUAGGCUAAUAAGCAGCCUGGGCACAUCACAAACUUAUGACGAGCGAGUGACAAGCUAAUUGAGCUAAGCUGGCAGCUACAUGCUGACAAAAUCGUAGGCAUUUUUUAACCCAUUACAAUAUCACAGAUUGUUAAACAAAAGCAAUCUUCAUGCGCCAGUUCAAGCACGACAUUCUUGCCAUUACUAAGAAAGAUUCGCAAGCAAAACUUUUAGGUCUGCAAAGAAAACUUUUGGAUUUUUCUAAGAAAACUUUUGGAUUUGCAAACAAAACUUUCUUACCAAACUUUUGGAUUUGC